GGAGGCUGUGUAGAUUCAACGAAUCAGGGCCUCGCUCUGCUGCUUAUGACCCUUGGACAACGGGAUGUUUCCAAAGUCCUGUUAGGACCUCUGUCUCCAUACACAAUUGAGUUUCUGCGACACCUGAGAAGCUUCUUCCAGAUCAUGUUUAAAAUUGAAACAAAGACCCCUGAGGAAGAGCACAUGGGCGGGGAGAAAGUCUUAAUGACAUGUGUUGGUGUUGGAUUUUCCAAUCUUAGCAAAACUAUAAGAUAA